AUGUCCGAACUCCCUCAGGUCCACCCCGAAGUCACAUGGGCUCAGCGCUCUUCGGAUAGCGACCCCGAGCGCAACUACCUCUAUGUUAGCAUCAAGGCUGCUGAUGUUGCCCGUUCUGACGCAACCCUCGACAUCAAGCCUACCAAUGUUACUUUCACAGGCAACUCCAAGAAGGGCGUAAAAUACCACGUCUCUCUCGAUCUGUUCGCCGAGAUCGACCCCGAGAACAGCAAGGUCAACCACAGUGACCGUGAGGUCGAGUUGGUUCUGCGCAAGAAGGAGCUCAAGGAAGAAUACUGGCCGCGUCUGCUGAAGACUACCCAGAAGAUCCACUUCUUGAAGACCAACUUCGACAAGUGGGUUGACGAGGAUGAGCAAGACGAGGUGAACGAGGACGACUACGCAAACAACUUCGGAGGCUUCGAAGGUCUUGGAGGCGAGGGUGGUCUCUCCAACAUUGACUUCUCCAAGCUUGGUGCCGGUCUCGGCGGUGAUGCCGGUGUUCCUGGAGAGGAAGAAGAGGAAGAGGAGAUGCCCGAGCUGGAGGAGGGCGAGGCCGAGGGUGCCAAGUCUUCUAAGAUCCAGGAGGUUUCUUAA